UUCGUCAGUUUGAAUAAGACUGCGCAAGUGUGUACUUAAAUUAAGAAUUAUCAAGAAAGUGAUUACUAGUCGUUUAGUUUACCUAUUUUCAAUUGUUUUAAUUUAGCAAUGGGCAAAGAUGAGAAAGAAGACUCAGGGUUUGGAUUCAAGGACCGCGCGAAGGCGGAGGAGACGCUGAAACUCCUCGAAGCGCACGACUUGAAUUACCGACGGCUGACCGUCCGGGGACUUUUGGGGCGAGCCAAGAGGACAUUGUCAUUGACAAAAGCAGAGGACAAGAUAAAGAACAUUAAGGAAGCGAUGGAGGUGUUCGAGAAUUGGCUCGCAGAACUCGACAAAGACAAGAAGACUGAUAAGAAGAAGGACAGCAAAAACGAAGACAAGAACGCAGAGGUUUCGGACAAGAAUUCCGAAAAACUCAAGGCCUGA